AUGGUUUGGGUUCCAACAUUUGGUAACGAGGACGUUGGGGGGAGGCUCGGCAUCGCCAGCCCGGGAAAAACCUGGUCCCCCCCUACUCCUUCUCCAUUGUCUUCCCCCCUUUACGCGAAGUUCCGGGGGAGCCUCGUGGUCAAGUGCAAAACACUCCACGGAGAAGAGCUGGAGUCUCCAGACUGCAUUGGCUUGAAGGGGUUGUUGGUGUGGGGCUCACGACUCGUUCGUCCUUUUUCGGCCACGUACGAUCACCUUGAUUUGAUUGGAUGUUUGUAA